AUGAAUUCCGAGGCCGGUUUACGGUUAUUUUUCACAGUACUUGUUGACUGCCCGGACGAUUUAGCUGAUGUGGGCGUAUGUUUCGUUGCCUGGCAACCUAUCUUUUCAGUUGAUGUUAUCAAUAAAUAUUCCAAUUUCCAGUCAUCGCUUGAUGAUACCAUUAAUCAUCCUCAGACAGCCAAUCAGAAUACUGAAAAUAUACCCAUCAGCCAAUCGGAUCGAGACACUGCUAGCCAAUCAGAUCACGACACCGCUAGCCAAUCAGGUCAAGCCACCACUAGCCAAUCAGACCAAGACACUGCUAACCAAUCAGGUCAAGACACCGCUAGCCAAUCAGGUCAAGACACCACUAGCCAAUCAGAUGUAUCACAAAAUGAAGAAUCUAAAAGCAAGAAAGUGAAAGUAGAAGAAUAUGAUAAAUCUGAGAUAACAAAUAAAUUAGAUGAUAAAAUAAGGGUAGAAUUAGAUGCAGCUGAUGAUUUAUAUGAUAAGAAGAAUUAUUUAAACAGUAAAGCGUUAUAUGACGAGAUUCUGUUGAAAUACCCGUAUAGUCCCCGGGCGUUGUAUGGUAAGGCUAAUUGUUUGUCCAAGAUGGCGGAGAUAGAACGGAGCAAUCAGCUACUAGAGAAGAGUAUCGGUGUAUUUAAUAUACUAGUUACAGCUGGUGAUGUACCUGAUCAAUUAUUAUUAACAGCUGGACCGGAGUUAGCCAAGCUACAAACAUUUAGAGGUUGGAAUGUAAGGGCUAUAAAAACACAUCAGAUAUUGGCGGACAGAUUUCCUAAAAAUAUAUCAUUGAAAAACCAAUUGGGUGUGAGUCUGCUGAUAGCUGGUCAAAAUACACAGGCUAAAAUAGUCUUUCAACAGGUUUUAGAUCUAGAUAAGGAUAAUGGUUUUGGUAACGUACAUCUAGGCUUCAUCUAUAAAGUAGAGAACAAGGAUCUAGAGAAAGCCGUGAAAUAUUUACGUGCUGGUUUAAACUCUAACGCUCCUGAUACGGUUGAGGGCAAGUUUUAUUUUCAUCUGGGAGAUGCUUUAGUUCGACUCAACAGACCGGAUGAGGCUCGACAGGUGUAUAUUGAAGGGGCUCAGAAAGGGGUUUUACUCUCGCCAGAUCAGAGAUCUUUAUAUAAUGUCAAUCAUCUGACUGGACGACCGUGGUGGACAGUAAAACAGACUGGAUAUUCUAAAUAUGUCAAGUUAUUAGAAGAUAAUUGGAAGAUUAUUCGAGAUGAGGGUCUGGCCAAUAUGGACGUAGAAAAAGGUGUUUUUCUCCCAGAAUCGGAAAACUUAAUAGAAACUGGUGAUUGGAAACAGUUUACACUUUAUGCUAGAGGAAGACAAGAUAAAAGAAAUUGUCAACGAGCCCCAAAAACAUGUUCCAUUCUUCAACAAAUUCCUGAUGCCAUCGAGUGUAGCCGUGGACAGGUGAAAUUCUCGGUGAUGCAUCCAGGAGUUCAUGUCUGGCCACAUACUGGUCCGACCAACUGUCGUCUGCGAGCUCAUCUAGGACUAGUUAUUCCCCCUGGACCUAAAAUACGGGUUGCCAACAAUACAAGAACCUGGACUGAAGGUGAAGUGAUCAUAUUUGAUGAUUCUUUUGAACACGAAGUCUGGCAUCAUGGUGAUUCUUUACGUUUGGUUUUAAUAGUCGACUUCUGGCAUCCAGAAUUAUCAACGAAGUUAAGAAAACAACUUACAGCCAUUUAGCAUAUAUUAACUGUUUGAAAUAAUUUACAAAGAAUUUAAAAUAACUUGUAAACAACUUUAAAGCAUUUAGAACAACUUAAAAGCAUUUAGAACAACUUACAAGCAUUUAGAACAACUAACAAACAUUUAAAACAACUUACAAUCAUUUAAAACAACUUACAAUCAUUUAAAACAACUUACAAACAUUUAAAACAACUUACAAGAAUUUUAAACAACUUACAAACAUUUAAAACAACUUACAAACAUUUAAAACAACCUACAAACAUUUAAAACAAUUUACAAGUAUUUAGACCAACUUACACACAUUUAAAACAACUAACUAACAUUUAAAACAGUUUUCUAUUCAUUUUGUGAUCUGCAUGAUUCUGGAAUUAUAUUCAGAUGAAAAUCAUAAAGAUAAUGAUUAAUCAAUAUUUCUGUCGUUAAUCAGUUAAAAUAUUUCUGUAAUUUAAUAGAUAAUCAUUAAUCAGUUAUAAUACGGUGGUUUGUAAUAGAUUCCUAUAGAACUAAAUGAUGUAUCAAGCCUUUAACUGAUUGCUGAGAAAAUUAGCCUUGAGUCAGUGUUGGGAUUUCGCCCGUAUAUUUCAGACAUGUCCUGCGCUAUUUUCCAAAUGUCCGAAAACGUCCGAUGCUCAAUCGGACAUCAUGAUAUGGUGAAUGAUAUUCAAAAUUCCCAAAUUAAUAUAGUGUACUGAGUGUAAAACUACCACUCAACCUGAUUAUGGUUGAUAAUUAUAGUGUACUGAGUGUAUAUCUACCACUCAACCCGAUUAUCGUUGAUAAUUAUAGUGUACUGAGUGUAUAACUACCACUCAACCCGAUUAUCGUUGAUAAUUAUAGUGUUUAACUACCACUCAACCUGAUUAUCGUUGAUAAUACGCUGGAUUGAUUAGAUGAUUAGGUAAUCUUUCAGAGCGAUUGCAUUCAAUUUUUCAUUAAGUGACCUGUUAAACAGUACUAUUAAAGAAAGUUAUUUAGAAGAUAAUAUUUAAUGAAUAUUUCAUCUAUUUCUCUCUUGUUGUUAAUGUCGGUAGAAAACCAAACAAUUUGUUUUUUUUAUUAUAUUUUUGUUAUUUUUAUAUUUAUACUGGUAUCAGUAUUUGAAUCAGGGUUUUCGUCUCUAUUGUGAUCAGAUCUGAUCAGAUCAUUGAAUUCCUCACAUUAUUACACUCUGAAUUUAUAAAAACUGAUUUUUUAUUUCGUUGAUUUUUCCUUCUCAUUUUCUGCUUCUUUUUAUCGUUUCUGAUCAAUGAACUCGUUAUGUAUGGAAAUCGAUAUUAGGUCACCAGAAUUAAAAGUGAGAUUAGCCGAUUUGUUUAUUGCUCAAUUGUGGAGUACAGUAAAUUUAAAUCCCGGGGCCCUGUUUCACGAAAACUUAAACUAAGUUACAACCGAAAUUUUAAGAAAUACUGCAACUUCAUUGGAUAUAUGCAAAUUGAUUUUACUGGUCAGCCAAUCGAAUUGCAGUAUUUCUUAAAAUUUGGAUUGUAUCUGAGUUUAAGUUUUCGUGAAACAGGCCCCUGAUUUAUAAAUUAUAUGGUGAAGACAUUAGAAGGAUUUAUUAUAAUCAUUAUUGUUGAUAUUUCAUCAAUCUCACUGUUAUUUUUAUCAUUAUUUAUAUAUAGUCAUGUUUGUUAUAUUGAAUUCCACCAAUGAUUUAAUAAUGCUCACAUCCUACCUGGAAAUACUACCUGACAUUUUCAACUUGUGUCAACUGUAUUAAGACAUAAUGACAGGUAUCAUGACAGGUAUCAUAAUGACAGGUACAGGUGUUUCUGAUAAAGACUGAAUUUAUGCCAGUCAGUGUCUGUGACAGGUGCAAUCUGAUUCACACAGAUCUAUAUUUCGUUCCGUUUUUUUUAUACUUUCGAUGGUCUACACUACAUGAAGAUCUGACCGGUUGUAGUGGAAGGUCGCGUCAGAGGUCAUACGGGUGGCUUUUGACCCAAUGACGUCAGACAUUUGAUUAACCAAUCAGAGUUAAUGUUUCUAGUGGGUUACCCAUAGUUCCGUGCACCUAACGCCAAAAACUCGCCGUAACAGACCGAUUCUUUGGCUAAUCUCUCACAUCAUCCAGAACACAGGUUACAUAAAUCUUCCAGAUCCUAGUGUAGUAAAGACAAAUAAAACGAAAUUUUGAACUAUAAAAAACGAAACGAAAUAGGAUCUGUGUUUUAAUUAGAUUGGUGACAGGUGCCGUAUUUCCAGGCUUGGUUCACACAUAUGUUUCAGUAUUUAUAUUAUAUUUCAAGGCUGAUCGUUACAUAAAAUGUAGGGGUGUUCGUGCGUGUUGGAUCUUUAUAUUAUAUUUCAAGACUGUUCGCUAUAUAAAAAUGUAGGGGUGUUGGGUGGCCGAAUGGUUAACACGUGCGUGUUGGAUCAGAAGGUCUGUCACUGUUAGCUUGUUAUACCUCUAUUAGUUGGAGGGUAUAUAGCAGGCCGUCCGUCCACCUGCCCGCCUUCUUACAAAUGUAGAACAGAAGUUGUUAACUACUGGAGAUAGUUUCAUGAAACUUACAAAUGUGGCUAUUUAUAGAAUCGCUAUUUUCAGGCGCGUGUCCAGGGGAGCUUAUUCAGGAGUUGCCCAGGAGAGAGCCUAUACAUUUAAAAGAGUAAAUUUCCUUCAGAAAUGGCCUCAGAUGCAAGGAAAUCUACUUCAAACGUUCAAAAUUAUCUGGGCGAGAACCACCCAUACCCCGCUCGGGGCUCAGCAGUCAUUCACUCCGGAACAGCAUCACCCUCACUUCCCCUUGAUCGUUUUUCUGUACACCCCCUGCUUUUCUUCACCAUAACACGUUGGAUAUAACAUGAGGUUUAGUAUCUUAAAGUUGUGUAUCAGGUUUAGAAAGGGUCAAGUCUGUGAUAAUACAGGGGUCUAUUUGUUAUGCUGUUUUACUGGAGACUGUCCUUGAUCUGUGAAUAUAGUUUAUAUAAAUGUAUAUUGUCUUGAUGUAAUGUGUGUAAGAUAUUCUCACUGCCCAGGGUAUUUAAAGAUACAUUAUGUAAGAUUUAGAUAAAGAGCUAGCUAUUCUUGCUAUAAUAGUUCGAAAGUAGAUGAUGUAAAAUGAAUAAUUUGAAAAUUAUUUUAAUAUCGGAGAAAUCUGAUGCCAUCGAGAGUUGAUUAAGGCCUGGAUCAGUUAAUUAAUGUCUAAUUAAUACUUUAGAAAACAUUUCAGGCCUAAAGAAAGACCUGCAAUAGGCAGAUUUAGCUCUUGCAUAAUGUGUGUUUAAGUUUAAUAUAGCUUGGGUUUAGUCUAAAGCAAGUGUCAGAAUAGAGUGUCAUAUUUAAAUGUCGUUUAAUUUCCACUGCCCAAGGUAUUUAAGUUUGAUAUAGCGUGGGUUUAGUCUAAAGCUAGUGUUAGAAGACACUCAGCCGUCUUAUAGUCAUAGGGGAUGCUCUAGUGUAUAAAAUAUAACGCGGGUGUAAAACCCUAGUAUAGAAUAUAGAAUAUCAGUUAUAUAUAUAUAUAUAUAUAUAUAUAUAUAUAACAUCUAAGUUAUAUAACGUCCCCCAUAUAACGUGUGUUAACGUUAUGUAUAUAACAUCUUAGUUAUAUAACGUCCCCCGUGUAACGCGUUUUAACGAUAUAUAUAUAACAUCCUAGUUAUAUAACGUCCCCAAUAUAACUCGUGUUAACGUUAACAUCAGCGAUUUAGCUAAAAAUUCCCCUUUUCACUCAAUUGUCACUAUUUUUAACAUUCAAUCGAGUAUCCGCCUUGUAUAUCUGCGGGAAGAUUUACGCAAUAUUACCCCGAUAUCACCACAUACUACCCAAUACUACAACAUAAUGAUACUAUUUGAUGAUAUUAGGUUGUUAUUUGAUAAUAUUUGGUAGUAUUGGGUUAUUUGCUUGUUUUGGGUGAUAUAGCCAGGGAGGCAAAUGGAACAGCAGUAAUCGCAUUUGGGUGAUAUAGCUAGGGAGGCAAAUGGAACAACCGUACAUCGAUAAUCGCAUUUGAAGUACAUUUCCUGCCAAAAAUCUCACUAUUUUUGAAAAAAUUCAAGUAAUAUGCUCAUUUUGCACCAUUAUGUUGUAGCCUAGUAUUGGGUAGUAUGUGGUGGUAUUGGGUAGUAUGUGGUAGUAUUGGGUAAAUCAUCCUACCCCGUAUAGUUUGUUUAUUAUUGUUUAUUAUUGUAUAUAUGUAUAUAAAGGUAAAGAUCUGGAAUAAGGCCACAUCGAAAUAAAAACCUGUUUAAUAACACAAUCUGUCCAUUGAUAUAUUUAUAUUUAUUGCACAGAAGAUAUGUAAAUGAUUAAACAAUUA